AGUUUGUCAGCUGGUUCGAGCGCGACCUGCCUGGUUAUAUAAAUAGGUGAAGAGGGGCAGCAAGCACCUCUUGCACUUUCUUGUAGAGCGCGACGCACCGGCCAGUCUACGCCGAGCGCCAUGGCUCGACACCCGUACCUGUGUCUGGGGGUGCUACUACUCACCUAUUCUGUUAUCGAUGCAACGCGAGUGAAGCGCCAGGAUGAUGAUGGCGGAGAGGACGCGACUCCUGAACAGCUUUGCGACGGCCGCCCUGCCGAUGAAUACUUCCGAUUAACCACCGAAAAUGACUGCCGUGAUGUAGUCAGGUGUGACGCAGGAGCUGAAAAUGGCGUGACGAGGCUCGCUUCAGUGCGCUGCCCCGGCGGACUGGCGUUCGAUAUCGAGCGUCAAACCUGUGAUUGGAAAACUCAUGUUAAGAAUUGCGAUCAAAUAGAAAAGCCGCGCAAAAUAAUGCCUAUCUUGAAGACUGAUGAACCCAUUUGCCCUGAAGGCAAACUGGCAUGCGGUAGUGGAGAUUGUAUGGAAAAAGAACUUUUUUGCAAUGGAAAACCUGACUGCAAAGACGAGUCUGAUGAAAAUGCUUGUACGGUCGAGCUAGACCCCAACAGAGCCCCGGACUGCGACACCAACCAGUGCCGGCUGCCCGACUGCUUCUGCUCCGCUGACGGCACUCGCAUUCCCGGCGCGCUUGAGCCCAAUCAAGUACCACAGAUGGUGACGAUUACUUUCAACGGCGCUGUCAACGUUGACAACAUCGACUUAUAUGAACAGAUAUUUAAUGGAAAUCGUUUUAAUCCUAAUGGCUGCCAAAUUCGUGGAACAUUCUUUGUUUCGCACAAGUACACAAACUAUGCAGCAGUGCAAGAGUUACACCGCAAAGGACAUGAAAUUUCUGUUUUCUCUUUAACACACAAAGAUGAUCCGCAAUACUGGUCCAGUGGAAGCUACGACGACUGGUUAGCUGAAAUGGCUGGAGGUCGUCUUAUAAUUGAACGUUUCGCGAACAUAACUGAUGCCUCUAUUAUUGGCGUCAGAGCACCCUACUUACGAGUUGGUGGUAAUAAACAAUUCGAAAUGAUGGCCGAUCAGUACUUCGUGUAUGAUGCUUCCAUAACUGCUCCUCUGAGCCGUGUUCCCAUUUGGCCCUACACGCUAUAUUUCCGCAUGCCACACAAAUGUAACGGCAACGCGCACAAUUGUCCAUCAAGAAGUCAUCCAGUAUGGGAAAUGGUAAUGAAUGAACUAGACCGAAGAGACGAUCCCACUUUUGAUGAAUCUCUGCCAGGUUGUCACGUGGUCGAUUCUUGCUCAAACAUCCAAACCGGCGAGCAGUUCGCGAGACUCCUGCGUCACAACUUCAACCGCCACUACACGACCAACCGUGCCCCUCUCGGUCUCCACUUCCACGCCUCAUGGCUUAAAUCUAAGAAAGAAUUCAGAGAUGAGCUCAUCAAGUUCAUCGAAGAAAUGUUGGAGAAGAACGAUGUAUAUUUCACCUCUCUUAUUCAAGUUAUCCAGUGGAUGCAGAACCCGACCGAGCUUUCACAGCUCAGAGAUUUCCAAGAGUGGAAACAAGACAAGUGUGACGUCAAAGGACAACCUUUCUGCUCCUUGCCGAAUGCCUGUCCCUUAACGACGCGGGAGUUACCAGGCGAGACACUGCGUCUUUUCACUUGCAUGGAAUGCCCCAAUAACUACCCAUGGAUACUAGAUCCCACGGGAGAGGGAUUCAACGUAAGGAAGUGAUCUCUAUAAGUAAAAUUUAAAAGACUGUACACAUGUAAAUAAUACUCAAUAAUAAUAGUUACAAUAUUGUGACCGUGUGGCAGGGACGACCGAUGUCAACUUAGGUAAUGUUUGUUAAAGUUAUAAUUAAUGUUUUAUUUAAGCCGGAAAUCCUACAUGGAGUUGAUAUUUGGACUAUAUAAUAUAAUAUUUUGCCACCGUUUCACACUAUACGCAAAGAUGGUUAAUAAUCUUAAUGUUUCAUUGUGUUAUUUAGAUUAUUACAAUCUUAUGAACAAAAAAUAAAUAAGUAUAAAUUGGAA